CUAAAACCCGGAAAAGGUUCGGUGAAGAAGCCUGGGCUAACAUACACGCGAAGGAGGAGACCAAUGAAAUGGGGAAAUAGUCUUGAGCCGCAGCCAACGAGAUUGACGUAAUGGACGCGUCAAAUGAAUCUCCGCACACUUGAGCCUUCGGGAUGGACAAAUUUUCCCUUAUGGGACAAAAAUCACUUCAGUACCUUUGCCCAAACUCGCCGUCUUCGAUCACCUUACCAGAAAUGAAAGGGCAGAGCUAAAGGAAAAACGCACAGCAAAACCAUUUUCCCCAUCUCAUGUGCAGAGGGGAGAGACCGCACUUUUCGGACAUUCUUAACUGCUAAAGGACAACAUCUCACACCAAAGGCAAUGGAUCAUACAUAUGGAGAAGUAAACCAGCUUGGCGGGGUAUUUGUCAACGGACGACCACUUCCAAAUUCGAUUCGGAUCAGAAUCGUGGAAUUAGCUCAACUUGGAAUACGACCGUGUGACAUCAGUAGACAGCUUCGAGUCUCUCAUGGCUGUGUGAGCAAGAUACUAGCGAGAUACAACGAGACGGGUUCGAUACUGCCCGGUGCCAUAGGAGGAAGUAAACCCCGGGUCACAACACCCAACGUGGUGAAAAGCAUAAGGGAUUACAAACAAGGAGACCCUGGAAUAUUUGCUUGGGAGAUCAGGGACAGGCUUCUUGCAGAUGCAGUGUGUGAUAAGUAUAACGUUCCCUCCGUCAGCUCCAUAAGCCGUAUUUUACGCAACAAAAUAGGAAAUCUUUCCCAGCCGGGCCAGUAUGAGAACAGCAAGCCAAUCCAUCCUCAGCUCUCCUACAACCACAUGUACCCGUACUCAUACCCCAGCGCAAUGUCGCCCACUGGGACAAAAAUUGGCAGCGGCCCCGGUAUACCGGUCACGCCGGGCCAUGUCAGCCUCUCCCGCCAUGGUUGGCCUUCCGUGCACACAGUCAGCAACAUUUUGGGCAUCCGAGCCUUCAUGGACCCUGCAGCCAUCGCUGGAGCUGAGGGGUACCCAUCAAAAAUGGAGGAGUGGGCGAGCGUAAACAGAGCGACGUUUUCCUCAGCCCAUGGUGUCAACGGAAUAGAGAAAUCCUCCCUGGAGGCAGACAUCAAGUUUCCUCAGUCUUCUUCAAACCUAUCUAGUUAUGCUUGUGCCUACUCUCCCCCAAACCAAUACGGGGUGUAUGGUGGACCAGCAGGUAACUAUAUGACAACGGGACACCACUGGCAGUCUCAAAGCUCAAGUCUUGCCCACCCCAACAGCGAAGCAACGAUGCAAGGUGGAGACCUCCACAUGGCGAUGUCGUUCAAACACUCAGCACGAGAAGGAGACAGAAAACCUCCCGGUCCCUUGAGCAAGCACCAGCACGAGGCGUUGAGCGUACACGGACUAUCUCUCCCGACCUCCGCUUCAUAACCCAACGAAACCAACCGACCGUCAAGAUCACAGGCAAUGUAGCCGAAAGAAAAUGCGUAAAAUUAAAAGAUUUAAAAAAAAAUGCAUAAUCCACUAGUAGAAUAAUCGAAUGUCGACAUGAAUGGUGGUGCAGUCUUGUUCACCUGCACCAAUGCAGCGGUGUUGGGUUGAUUAGGAUAUCAUUAUUCUAUAUUUAAAAUUCCACUCAUUCAAAACUCAUCCCAAUCGAAAUUGUGUAAGACGAAUUAUGUAGCCAGCCUACAAGUGUCGACAGUUCCAACGCAUUGUUUCUCACAACCGAUGAUAAUCCUGCAUGCUCUCUGGGUUCAAACAAACGUGAACCAUCUCUAUUUGUUAGGGCCUAUGUCCUAAAAGGGACAUUUAAAAAAUGUUAACAAUAUCAUGUAGGCCUAUUUGUAAUUUUGUAAAUUAUAUCUGCAGAAGCUGUAUUAUAUAUUUUUAUAGCCUAACUGUGCUUAAUAAAGGCAUUCUAAACGGGAAAUGCCUCGUUCAUAUGUUUGGAUUUGCCUAAUUCCUGCAGGUUUAUGUUGUUGGCUCCUGGUAAAAUGAAAAUGAUACAUUUGCAGUUGGUAAAAUAACUUCGUAUAAUGAUUCAGUAUAACAGCUUUUUUCCCCCUGAUGUGUCACUCACCAUGCCUCCCUUCAAAUUCGUGCAAACCAAGCUAUUCUGGAGUUAAUGAUGCUUCGCACUUUUCGGCGCCUUGCAAGAUGGUAUCUCUGUAGGCCGAUACCUUUGGCCAGAUGCCACCGCCAGCCCCCCCCCCCCCCCCCCCCCCCUAUCUGGGUAAGGAGGCUGGCCGCAAUAGCUACCCAACAAUCAGUCAAGAAUAAAGACCAACACGCCCUUAUUUGAUAUAUGACACAUCUAUUGGAUGACACAUCUAUUGGAUAGCCUAUUCCAAGACAAACACGAAACACCCGAUAAUCCAACAUACAGUAUCAGAACCGACUGUACACAAACCUCUGGAGCCCCUGAUCAAUCCAAACAUCACGCAGAGAUAGAUGCAAGUCAUGCGCACCGUUUGCAUCAAUAAUCAUAGAAGGAUACAAGACAGACGUGUUGUAAAGCUAACGCGAAUAAUGCUAUGCCGAGAGUGAUAUAUGAAAAGUGAUAUAUUGUAAAUGUACCUCUAUUUGGGACUGCAUAUCGUGUUGACCUUCAGAAAACAUUCGAGCUUGGGCUUGAUCAAUUGUUGACCGUGAGCAAACUAUCACUGAUCGAUUAAACCAGACUGCCCACAGUCACAGCUACAA